AGCUGACUUAAGCUAAGAUGACUGGACAGUGCACUGUUUUGUAUUCCCACAAAGAAGAAUUACAUUGAAUCACUUUCCAGCUUUAUUGAUCAGCUAAUACUCUUUGGGACGUCACUGUGUAGACUUAUAACUAGUCUAAUAUUUAACCUGCUAUUUAGGUAUCCCUCUACUUCAAAAGAAAGCUAGCUAGGUUAGCUAAAGAAGGCAGCAUAGUGAUGCUAAUAAAUGUCAGCAAACUAGGUCGUGUUAAGAUGUGAGUUUGUGGACGUCGUAUCAAUUUUCUGGACAAAAUGUACACACUGUUAUCUGGUUUUUACAAAUAUAUGUUUCAGAAGGAUGAGUACUGCAUUUUGAUUCUUGGACUCGACAAUGCAGGAAAAACGACUUUCUUGGAACAAACGAAGACUAAGUUCAGUAAGAACUACAAAGGAAUGAAUCUGUCUAAAAUCACCACUACCGUUGGAUUAAAUAUUGGCACUAUUGACGUCGGUAAAGCGCGACUGAUGUUCUGGGAUCUCGGAGGACAAGAGGAGUUGCAGUCAUUGUGGGAUAAAUAUUAUGCUGAGUCCCACGGUGUCAUAUACGUCAUUGACUCCACAGAUGAAGAGAGAUUGACAGAGUCAAAAAACGCUUUUGAGAAAAUGAUCAGCAGUGAAGCACUAGAAGGAGUCCCUCUCCUUGUACUGGCAAACAAACAAGAUGUAGAGAACUGUCUGUCUGUGCCAGACAUUAAAACAGCCUUCAGUGACUGCGCCCCAAAAAUUGGCAAACGAGACUGUCUGGUCCAGCCGUGCUCUGCAAUAACAGGCGUGGUAAGAAUUCCUGUGUGUGAUGUGUCUGGUGUGUGUUUUUCUUCCCACAGGGAGGGAGUUAAUGAGGGCAUCGAAUGGAUGGUGAAAUGUGUGAUCAGGAACAUUCAUCGUCCACCCAGACACAAAGACAUCACAUAGACCUACAAAAAAAAAAAGAACUUCCAACAGAGUGUGUGAGUGUGUGUGUGUUUGUAUGUGUGUAUUUGUGUGUGUGUGUGUUCGUCUUUAUAGUGACAAAGAUGUAGACAAUACUUUAAAAUAUCUGAACUGAAACAUGACUGCACAUCUCUGUACCUGAGGAUGACGUUUGUUCUCUGAUCUUAAUUGUAGUCUUAGAUCAGCAUCUAACUGGAGACUGGUAAACUGAACAUCAGGCUAAUUGAUUACCUUUCACAUGACUGUUAGUGAUACAUUAAAGAUACAAUGACAUUAAUUAUGAACUCAAAAGUAAAUUUAGAUAUCAGUCUUUUGUUUGGUGAAAAUUUUCUCCUGUUCUCUUUUGUGAGCAGUUGCAACACUUCUGUUUUGGUUUGUUUGUGUUUUUUCUUUCAUUUUUCUUCCUUCCUCUCUAUUAAAGAUGUUGAGCUGUAACAGAUUUUUGUGUGAACUCAAUAAAGACCACUUUGAUAAAACAUGA